CCAAUUUUGUAAUUUUACCGUCUUUACUCUUGGCCUCAUCCUUUAGCCCACUUGCCCAUCUACGCCCGCUACGUACGUGGGUUUUCAACUUCCGACGACAAUCCUUAUCUUUCCGAUUUUCUGUCGCAAACAAUUUGUACCUAAUACGCCGAUAAGCAAGAAAAGCCAGUAGAGAGUGUGUGAAAAUGGCGAGCUAUCUAUGGAGGAAAUACGCAGAAUAUCUGUAUACCAAGUGGGAGAGGACGAUUCUUUGGGAUAUGAUUGAUCCGUACAGGAGACCCAAAUCUUUUACUCCUCUGGUCACUAUUUAUAUAGCCGCUUUCUACACUGGAGUUAUUGGCUCAGCCAUCACUGAGCAACUCUACAAGGAGAAGUACUGGGAAGAUCACCCUGGUGAGGCAGUGCCUCUCAUGAAGCCAAAGUUCUACUCUGGUCCUUGGAAGGUGCUUAGAGGAGAGGUUCCGACAACCAAUCAGUGAAAACCAUAACAAUCAUUUUAUUUGUCUUGAGUUUCUUAGUUUAUAUUGUGCAAAUGUCACAGGUUUCACAGAUUUUAGCUAACUAUCAUAUACUAUGUUGUUUUGUUGCUCAAUCCCCAAAUGUGAAGGAAGUUUAUUUAGUCACUUCUUGAGACAUGUUUUGUAUUUGAGAAAACCUGGUGUUUCCAUGAACCAAAAAGAUGCUUUUCUUAGUAUGUAACAAAUCAUCUCAUCAAUUGAAAUGUCUUCCCAAGACCUUUUUCCUGUU